AUGGAUGAGAGUUCUGAUAAAGGCAAAGGAAAAGAAAGCAUAUCCAAUGAGAAAGUAGAAGAGGACAGGAUGUUAAUGGUAAAUGAAGAAUCCAAUGCGGAGAACCGGGAAUGCCUUGGAUCCAACGUUAUGAAGCAUGUAAUUGGUGCAGCAUGCAUGUUAAGCCAUAAAUCCUCAUCAGAAGACAUAGUUGAACGUAGUGAAGAAAAGGUUUCUACAUUCGAUGUAUACAUAGUCAAUGAAAAUGGAAAAGUAAAUGGAUAUGAACUCAAGCAUAUCAGCCCUAUCGACGGGCCUGAGACUGAAGAUCCUCCAAGAGACAUCCAAGUGGAUGAGAUGAUGAAGUCUUUUCAUUUUGAUCGUAAAAGCAAAGGAGUUCCUCCUCAUGAAUUCUACAGAAGAAGAAGAUCCUCGGAGCUUCCAAGGAACAAUGAUGGAAAUAAUAGCUCUGGAGCCAAAGAAAAAUGUGACCCAAUAAUUCUUGAGAUAUCCGAAAUCUCUGAUACAUACAAUACUGAUGGUAUGAAUGAGAAUCAAGAUGAUAGUACGUCCAACCAAAGCACUACGCUAAACAAGGACUGUUCACAGCAAGGUGAGGAAGUAUUGACUCCAUCCAUUGUUUUGAGUGAUUCCACCGGUCAAGAGUCUUUUCCUAGAUUUAACAGGGAAGAUCUUACGGCCAGUGAAUGUUCUAGGGAAAGGAAUUGUGUAGUGCUUCUAAAUGAAAGUAAUACUGCCUUCAAGACUUCUGGAAUUGUAUCUUCAGAGACUAAGAAUGGUUCGCCUACAAACAGUGAGACUGAAGUGGUAACACUACCUGAUAUUAGCAAGGCCAUUAAACUAGAAUCCGAAGAAAAGAAAGACAUGGAGGCUAACAGCUGUGAAGAUAUGGGAGACAUUAUAAAGGCCAUUCAAGCUCAAGAGCCUUCUGAUAAGCUUUCCAUAAACCAGAAGAUUGGACUAAAUAGUCCUUAUGAUUCCGCCGGGAAAAAGUGCCAAUGUGAAACCAUGAGGGGGUCAGAAAGCCUUUCCAAGGAAUUGAAGACUGCUUUGCUUGCGGCAUUCGUCCCCUCUAUGGAACCUUCGAAAGCCGAGACGGCUGAAGCGUCCGAAACAUCAGAAAUGUCUUUUGUAGAGACCAGCAUCACUCGAAACAUUAACGAGAAUAUGGACACUACAGGGGAGAUUGAGAGGUUCAGGGCUGUUUUAAACCUUGGAAGCGCAGCAAAUAACCCUACUUAUUCAGAUGGAGAAAAGAAACCCAAGGAAGAAGAUAAAGACAAUGAAAUGAUAGUCUUUGUUGAAGCUGAGGACAUCUACAAAAAGAAGAGCAGUACACUCACAAGAAACAAUAAGGUUGGCCGGCUAGUCAAGUUCUUCGAGAGUCUAGAAGAAAGAAAUAAAGAAAAGGACUAG